AUGACACUUUCUAUGGCGUUUAAAACCAUUGGGACUUGUUAUCGAUCUCAUGCCCAAGCUGUUUUUACAACCGCCAUUAUUGUUCUGAUUUUUAUGAUGUAUGCAGGAUUCGUCAUACCACCGAUGUAUAUGGUUUCAUGGUUCCAGUGGAUUACUUAUAUUAAUCCUGUUGCGUACACCUACGAAAGUCUGAUAAUCAAUGAAUUUUCUGGGCGCAUAUUUCCAUGUGCGAACCUCGUUCCGACUGGACCAUCUUAUAUUGGCACAAGUUCUCAUAAUCGGGUUUGUUCCGUUGUUGGGUCUAUCGCGGGCUUUGAGGAUGUAUUGGGGACUAUAUAUCUUGAGCUUAGAUUUGGUUUCCAACCUAAUCAUCUAUGGCGAAACAUGAGCAUUUUAUUCGCUUUCAUGGCACUUUUCAUGUCUGCAUACUUAGCCACUAUAAGCCGGAUAUCAACGGAAAAGUUGAAUGGAGAAAUUUUGUUGUUCCAACGAGGACACAAGCCACAGCCUAAAAGGCAAAGACAUCUUGAAAUAUACUCCGGAGCAGAAAUUCGCAGGUAUGGCAAUGGUGAUCCGAUAAACAAACUACACAGGCAAACAUCUACUUUUCAAUGGAAAGACAUUUGCCUCGAUAUCAAAACAGUAGAUGGUACAUGUCGGAUUCUGGAUCAUGUUGAUGGUUGGGUGAAACCAGGAACUUUGACCGCCCUUAUGGGACCAUCUGGGGCUGGUAAAACCUCUUUAUUAGAUGUUCUUGCAUCUAGAACCAGUAUUGGUAUUGUUUCCGGGGAGUCUUUUGUUGAUGGCUGCAUAAAGGAUAUAUCCUUCCAACGCAAAGUUGGAUAUGUCCAACAACAUGACUUCCAUCUCCCGACAAUGACGGUACGCGAAGCACUACAAUUUAGUGCCAUCAUGCGGCUGAACAUUGAACAACGAAAGAAAUUGAGUAUGGGUAUUGAGCUUGCUGCUAAACCAAAACUUCUACUUUUCUUGGAUGAGCCUACUUCUGGUCUUGACAGUAGCACGUCGUGGGAAAUAGUUGAGCUCUUGAAAAAGAUCACAGCUCAUGGUCAAGCGGUUUUGUGUACAAUCCAUCAACCAUCUAUGGCUUUGUUUCAGCGCUUCGAUCGUUUGCUCUUUCUCGCUCCUGGAGGACGAACAGUAUACUUUGGUAGGAUCGGCGAAAAUUGCGAGACUGUCAAGAAAUAUUUUGAAGCUAAUGGAGCUCGUCCUUGUCCUGCGGAUGAAAAUGUGGCUGAAUGGAUCAUGCAGACGUUGGCAUCCAGUUUCGUUCCGCAACUUUUACCGAACUUCCUGGUGCAACGGGCUGUAUUCGAAGCACGCGAAAGUCCUGCGAAGAUGUAUUCUUGGCCGGCUUUCAUCAUUAGCAAUAUACUUGUCGAGGUAUCAUGGAACACCUUUCUGGCGAUAAUCAUAUUUCUGAGCUGGUAUUACCCUGUGGGCAUGUAUCGCAAUGCGCUAAUAACGAAAACGAUGCUUGAAAGAAAUGGAGUGAUGCUUCUGCUGAUAUGGGUAUAUCUUAUAUAUGCAAGUACCUUCGGAUAUAUGGUACAGGUUGGUCUUGAGCUUACGGGGACGGCCGGGAAUUUAUCAAAUGCUGCAUUUUUGUCGUCAUUGAUGUUCUGUGGCAUCUUCUCAGUUCCUACAGCAUUACCUCAAGUAUGGGACAUCGUAAGGCGUCUGUCUCCGUUUACUUAUCUAGUCGAUGGCAUGCUCUCAGUUGGCCUUGCGAAUGUUCCUGUCAAGUGUUCUCAAAAUGAGUUUCUUCAUUUCGAACCGGUGACUGGAAGUAGCUGCGGCUCCUAUAUGGCUAGCUAUCUACAUCAAGCUGGAGGAUACCUUACCAACCCCUCCGCCAAGAGUAGAUGUGUUUAUUGUCCUUUAAAGGAUUCGAAUGGAUUCCUGGCUCGUGCAGGUAUGAGUUAUACGAAUCGAUGGCGUAACUUUUGUAUUAUGUGGGCUUAUAGUCCCGAAGAGUUGGAAGGGCAAACCAAAGCCAGUUGUGGAGUGUUCACCUGGUUCGAAAGAUAA